CAGUGCAGGUUUUGUUUGAGACGAACGUUGUACGUAACAGGAAUCAGUAUAUAAAAUUCGCAAUUUUAGUGAAAUGUAGUCGUGUUUACUUUAUGGCGUCAUACUUCUAAACUGCAAACAACGCUGGAUAUUUUUGUAAACGGUUACACAGAACCAUAGCACCGUAUAGCCGGCCGGUAUGAAGUGAACGAGUGUUUCAAAACGUUCGUGAGAUGCGGCAGUCAUGAAGCGCAAUUAUGGCGGAGGGGAACGGCGAAGUGACAAUGGAAGAAAAGUCUGUCAAAGAAGAAGUAAAAACUGAAGUGACUGAAGACUAUCAAAAACUUGUUGCUUAUGGUCUUGACGAAAAGGUUGCAGCAAAGCUGGAUGAAAUAUACAAAACAGGUAAACUUGCUCACGUUGAUUUGGAUGAACGUGCUUUGGAUGCUCUGAAAGAAUUUCCGGUAGAUGGUGCACUGAACGUUCUGACACAGUUUCUUGAUUCAAAUUUGGAACAUGUUUCAAAUAAGUCAGCAUAUUUGUGUGGUGUAAUGAAAACUUAUCGCCAGAAAAGCCGUGCAGGCCAGGGUUCAGGCUCUGGUACUGUUGCAAAAGCACCAGAUGAGGACAAAAUUAAAUCAAUUUUGGAACGCACUGGAUAUACAUUGGACGUAACUACAGGGCAGCGGAAGUAUGGUGGACCUCCACCUGACUGGGAGGGACCAGCUCCUGGUAAUGGCUGUGAGGUUUUUUGUGGCAAGAUACCAAAAGACAUGUAUGAAGAUGAGCUCAUUCCUCUGUUUGAAAAAUGUGGCACUAUUUGGGAUCUAAGGUUAAUGAUGGAUCCCAUGACAGGCCUUAAUAGGGGAUAUGCUUUUAUUACUUUCACCGCUAGGGAGGCAGCACAGCAAGCAGUCAAGGAGCUGAACGAUUACGAAAUUCGGAAAGGCAAAAAGAUUGGUGUUACAGUAUCAUAUAACAAUCAUCGCUUAUUCGUUGGGAAUAUACCCAAGAAUCGAGAUCGUGACGAGUUGUUUGAAGAAUUUUCAAAACACGCACCUGGUCUGACAGAAGUGAUUAUAUACAGCUCACCUGAUGACAAGAAGAAGAAUCGUGGCUUUUGUUUUUUGGAAUAUGAAUCCCACAAAGCAGCAUCCUUAGCUAAGAGACGGCUAGGUACUGGCCGUAUAAAGGUGUGGGGAUGUGAUAUCAUUGUUGAUUGGGCAGAUCCCCAAGAAGAGCCUGAUGAGGCUACAAUGUCAAAGGUAAAGGUGCUGUAUGUAAGGAAUCUCACGCAAGACUGUUCUGAAGAAAAACUGAAAGAAUCGUUUGAAGCUUAUGGAAAAGUGGAAAGAGUGAAGAAAAUAAAAGACUACGCUUUUAUCCAUUUUGAAGACCGGGAAAAUGCAAUAAAGGCCAUGGAGGAACUGAAUGGAAAAGAAAUGGGGGGUUCUGCAAUUGAAGUUUCAUUGGCAAAACCCCCAUCGGAUAAGAAAAAGAAAGAAGAAAUUCUACGGGCCAGAGAACGUCGCAUGAUGCAGAUGAUGCAAGUCCGUGGUGGAUGCUCACCAUCACACCCGUCCAUGUUACCUCCAGGUGUGAUGCCCAUGAGGGGCCCUGGAGGACCGAGAGGGCAAGGGGGGGCAGCAGCUGCAUCCUUGCGUGGUCCUAUGGGCCGUGGGGAUUACGAUUACGAUUACGAGUAUUACGGUUAUUCGGAUUAUCGAGGCGGCUACAGUGAUCCGUAUUACGAUGACUAUUAUCGUUAUGAGGAUUACUAUUUCGAUUACCCGCCGCCGCCACCACCUGCCAGAGGGAGGGGCAGACCGCCUCAGCCGCAGGCUGGUCGUGGGCGUGGAGUCGUGGCGCGUGGCCGGGCAGGUGGGCCCCCGGGACGUGGGGGAACCCGUGGGGCUUCUCGCAACGCGGUAUCCGGGGUGGCAACACGUGGGGGGUCACGGGCAGCCGUACGUGGGGCGGCGCGCGCCAAGGGAAGUUUACCAGGUGAGGACGGUAAGCGCAAAUUUGACGGGGGUCACCAGAACCAGGGGGAGUCGAAGCGGCGCUACCAGAGCAGCUGGGGCAACCAGCCCCUUGCCCAGCAACCACUGGGCAAUGCGUAUGGGGGCAUGGCGGGCAUGAACGGUGGCGGCUAUGGUCCAGCUGCGGAUCAACAGUGGUACCAAGACACCUAUCCGACUUGGAGCUAAGUGCCUGCCGCCCUGAGGGGCGGCUGAGGCGGCAGCGAGCUGAUUUAUUGCAAUCAGGAAGCGAAGAAGAGAAGUGGUGUGGAAUUGAUUUGUUGCUCAGAUACAAUUGCGAAAACCCACUUACACGCAGAAGAUAAAAGUGGUCUCCCUUUACUGUUUUGGUAAUUUUGCCCCCCUUUAUUUUAAACUAUUUCUACAUUUGUUUAAUAGUGUUUAAGAAUUUUUGGUUAGUACUCCAUAGCCAAAUUCCAUUACCUAACACCUUGCAAUUCGAUUUGUCUUAACUGUGUAAAGUAGAAAACACUACAAAAUUUGGCAUUACAUGCGUCAUAUUUCUCCAUUGACAUAAGAUUUUGACCCCCGUCAGUGCCCCACCCCCUAGUUCUGGAGACAUUACAUCACCGAGGGGGGCUUCUAAAUCCGCUGCUACAGAACCCCACUCCGUGUGGGCCCUCGUCUUCGUUUUUGACCCGGCUUUUGUCAUUUUGGAACGAGCAAGGCGUGGUUGAUGGACUCUUGGGAUAAACGUUAAAAAUUUUGGUUUGUGGUCUAGACUUGGGUUUCUUCUAAAAUUUCAAGGAACCUGUAAUUAAUUUUUAGUUUGUUUUAUUACUUUUAAAUGUCAGUUGAAAAUUAUGUACUACUGUAGAAUGUUAUGACCAAUAAAUUGAACAUCUUUCUCAGAAUGUGUGAGCAAAGUUGGACAGUGUGAAAAAAGAGAAAGCUAUUUUAAAAUGAGUAUUUAUGACAACAUAAUGAUGGAUGAUGAGUGGGUUUUUUGAUUAGAGAGAACGCCUGAAAUCUCUCGAUCUCUGCGCGUAUGACUGCGUUUUGCUGUGCCUGUGUUUUGAAGGUAUGGCACAGUUUUGUAGUUAAUUAAAAGAUCUAUAGUUGUUACAAACUGUGAUGAACUCUACAGGCUGUUUGCUUGUUUGUUAGGGUGCUGUUGUCAGUGCUAUACCUUCGAGACCUCACUAAGUGAUCGCGUGGAGUUUGUUCAUGUUCGUAUGAAGAGAUUGUGUCUUUACGUGCCUGAGUCGAGGGUAUGUUACUCUCGGUUCAGGACAAUUUUUUUAAUAUAUAUGAAUAUAUAUUGUAUUACUACUGCUACAAAAUGUAAUUAUUUUAGCAGUUAAUUGGUAGGAGACACAGAUGUCCCUUCGUUUUCUUUUGUGUGGAGUUUGCUGCUCCUACCAAACUAACAGUACAUCUGUUUUGAAAUUAUGUUGUCUAUUUUUUAUUACAGAUGAUAUGCUUUGCUUGAUUUCAAAUUUUCAGCUAUUUUUUUAUUUUUGUCACAAUAUUUGACUGCCUGCAAAUUAUUUAGUAAGCUGUAGAUUUAAAAAUUGUAAGAACUGUUGAUAGUUAUUUUUUUGGGCCAGGAAAUAAUCAGAUUUCUGUGAAUUGACCUGAUGUAAUGAAUUCUUACAUGUCACAAUAAAACAGUUGUAUGAAAA